AUAUGAAGGGUAUGAAGGUAGGUAGUUGGGAUAUUAAGUAUUGUGAUCUAGAUGGAGAUGGAAAAUAAAAAGAAAUGUAUUUAUUGUAUUAGUAAAAUUUGGUUAGAGGUAGUGGGACAUAUGAUUAAAACGGAAUUAAAAUUGGGAAGUGGAUUGAGCUGGAUGAAGGGUUUAAAAAAGAUAAAUAAGUUACUUUGAGUGGUGAAUAUAAUAUGAAAGGCCAGAAAAUAGGUAGAUGGAAUAUUCUCACUUUAAAUUAUAGUAACUAAUUGUGGUAAAAAUAUAAAAAGUAGAUUUUAUAGUGGUUGUAUAAAUUUUGAUGAAAAUGGAAAUAAAAUAUAUAAGACUGAGAAGUGAUUUAUUUGUUUAUUUUUAGUAAAUCUAUUAUUUUUGUUGGAUAAUUUAGAAAUAACGCAAAAAUAGAUAGAUGGGAUACUUUGUAUAAAUAUAAUGAGAAGGAAUAUAUAAAAAUGUAAUUAUUAUUAAGAUGUGUUAUUAUUUUAGAGGUGGUGGUAUAUAUAAUUAAGUGGAAAUUAAGGUUGGAAAAUGGAUAGAGAUGGACGUAGGGUUUAAAAAAGUUAAAUAAGUCACUUAUAAGGGUGAAUAUAAUAUUAAUGGUAUGAAGGUAGGAAGAUGGAAUAUUAAUUUUGCCUAUUUAGAAAAAGAUGAAUACAAAGAAAUGUAAACUUCAUAAUAAUAUUUUAGUGGUGGUGGAUCAUAUGAUUAAGAGGAAAACAAGAUAGGAAAGUGGAUAGAGUUGGAUGAAGAGUUUGAUUAAUAGAAAUAAAUCACCUAUAAUGGUGAAUAUUUUAUGAAAGGUAUAAAGAUAGGUAGAUGGGAUAUUAAUUAUUGUGAUCUAAAUGGAGAUGGAACAUAUAAAUUAAUGUAUAUAUUGAGAAAUAAUCGGUUAGUGGUGGUGGAUAAUAUGAUUAAAAGGGAAUAAAAAUUGGAAAGUGGGCCGAAUUGGAUAAAGAGUUUAAUUAAUCGAAAAAUAUCACCUAUAAUGGUGAAUAUUCGUCGAAAGGUAUAAAGAUAGGUUUAUGGGAUAUUAAUUAUUGUGAUCGAGAUGGCGACGGAAAAUAUAAAUUAAUGUAUUUAUUCUAUAAAUAUUGUCAUAAAGUGGUGGUGGAUCAUUUAAUUAAGAAGGGACCAAAAUUGGGAGGUGGACUGAGUUGAACGGAAUUUUUUCUAAAUAUUAUUAAUUCACUUAAAGUGGUGAAUAUAAUAAAAAAGGUAAAAAGAUUGGUGUUUGGAUUGAAAUGGAUAUAAAGAAUAACAAAAAACACGGAAAAAAAAAAUAUGAUUAUUGA